AUGCUAAACCUGGCCCAAUAUCGUACUUUAGUAGGCCCGAAGUGGCCUCGACUAAGCCGAGCUAAUGCGAACGUUUCGGCAGUCCCCAUGCCUCGAUAUAGAGCCGCAAAGAUGUUAUUUGGGCUCGGAACAGUUGGGGCUGGGACCUACUACUACGACCGAGAAUAUAAAGCCAGUGCCAUCAGGCGUUCGUUGAGAACAUUAUGGAUGGGCAUCGUAGUCACACUGGAUUAUAAAUGGAACUUCAACCCAGAGAACUCAGAAGGGAUUGAUGAAUUACACGAGCGAGUUGCCAGAAGACUUCACAACUGUGUGAUUGAUAACGGCGGUUUAUAUAUCAAGGCAGGCCAAGCAAUCGGUCUUCAGGCAGGAUUACUCCCAGCACCUUACAGAGAAGCAUUUAAUACAAUCUUUGAUCAAGCACCAACGGAAGACUUCAGUAUAGUCAAAAAGACGGUCGAGUCAUCGUUAGGAGCCCCUAUCUCUGCUCUAUUCGAAUCAUUCGAUCCCGAACCUAUCGCAUCGGCUUCCAUAGCCCAAGUUCACAGGGCCGUGCUGAAUGGAAAAGAGGUCGCUGUCAAGGUCCAGAAAUCAGCGAUCCCUCAACAACUUGAAUGGGAUUUGUUCUCUUAUAGGAUGCUCCUCUGGAUGGGAGAAAAGUUCUUUGGGAUGCCCAUCGCAUUUGUGGCAACUUAUGUUAGCGACCAAAUGCGUCACGAAACGGAUUUUAUACGCGAGGCCAGAAACGCUACACGUGCGGCGGAAGAUAUUGAUAGUGACCCAAAGCUUCGAGGAAGAGCCUUGAUUCCUAAAGUUUACUGGGAACGUACCGGAGAUCGAGUAAUGACGGCUGAUUGGUGGGCUAAUGAACUACAUUCCUACCAGCACAUGGAAGCUCACCCUACGGGCUUAGGAUUGGCGGAGCUUGUCGUAUCACAGAUGCUGCGACUCAGCGAAAGUGGGGCUUUGAUCCUAAGAUUGCAAUGGACACACUGCUCGACGUUAUUGGCGCUCAAGUCUGAGUAUAUGCGUCAUUCAGUUCUUGUUAGACCGAACCCGGAGAACCCAAAGAUACCUCAGGUUGUUUUAAUCGACCACGGGUUAUACGUGACGUUACCCGAAAAGUUCAGGAAAGAGUAUGCUACACUUUGGCGAAGUUUGUUUAUCGGAGAUCUCGACGCCAUCGAGGCGAGUAGCAUCGCAGAGACAUGGGGGAUCCGCAAAGGAAAUGCCAAUCUAUUCUCGAGUGCCAUCUUGUUACGGCCGCACCGCGUGCAAAAACCAGACCCAAGCCAACAGGAACAUCAAGAUGUACCAACCGAUCAUUAUUCCCAGCAGGUUAUGCUCAAAGAAAAGAUGAAAACCUUUCUGGAAUUUCAGGAUCUUAUCCCUCGGGAGCUUAUUUUUGUCGGUCGGGCACAGCGAAUGCUACAAGCUAAUAACCAAUCCCUUGGGAGCCCAUCUAAUCGUUUAAACAUAACGGCACGGUGGGCAGCAGUGGGGUACGCGCAAGCUGUCCCCUCAGUGACCUACGGCAUCUCGAACACGUUCCAUGCGGUGGUUUCACUUGUGGUAUUCCGUAUCGCACUUUCAGUUGUAGAUCUUGGAUUCUGGUUUACCCGUGUGUGGCAGUGGUUAUAUGGACCUGCUUGGGGAUUCGAGGAUGUAUUAGACAAACAGUUUAGAGAUAUGGCUCGCUCCGAGCUUGGUGUCGAGAUAGGAGAUGAUGCAUUCAAUGGUUAA